AUAAGUUAAAACAAAGCUAGGGUUUUGUCUCCCUCUUGCUCGCAUUUUCUUAAGAAAGAACAACUUUCAGCGGAAACAGCCGCUUCCUCCAACAUGGCUAGAGGGUUGAAGAAACACUUGAAGAGGCUCAAUGCCCCCAGGCAUUGGAUGCUCGACAAGCUUGGUGGUGCAUUCGCGCCCAAGCCAUCGUCUGGACCCCACAAGUCGAGGGAAUGUUUGCCACUUAUUCUCAUUCUGCGAAACAGACUGAAGUAUGCUUUGACAUACAGAGAAGUGAUUGCUAUUCUUAUGCAAAGGCAUGUUAUGGUAGAUGGGAAGGUUAGGACUGAUAAGACCUACCCUGCAGGUUUUAUGGAUGUUGUGUCAAUUCCCAAGACAAAUGAGGACUUCCGUCUCCUUUAUGACACUAAAGGUCGUUUCCGCCUUCAUGCCAUCACUGGUGAUGAGACUAAGUUUAAGCUCUGCAAAGUUAGGUCUGUCCAAUUUGGCCAGAAGGGUAUUCCAUACCUGAAUACCUACGAUGGACGCACAAUCCGUUACCCAGACCCUUUGAUCAAAGCCAACGACACCAUCAAGCUUGACUUAGAGAGCAUCAAAAUUGUUGAUUUCAUCAAGUUUGAUGUUGGGAAUGUUGUCAUGGUCACUGGUGGAAGGAACAGGGGACGUGUUGGAGUGAUUAAGAACAGGGAGAAGCAUAAGGGUAGCUUCGAGACAAUCCAUGUACAAGAUGCUGCUGGACACGAGUUUGCAACUCGUCUAGGCAAUGUCUUCACAAUCGGUAAAGGAACAAAGCCAUGGGUUUCGCUUCCCAAGGGCAAGGGUAUCAAGUUGUCGAUCAUUGAGGAAGCGAGGAAGAGGCUUGCUGCUCAGGCUGCUGCUUAAACCUAUCAUAUCUAGAGUUUUUUUUUUGUCGAAAGACUUGUUGGAUGAAUGCUGGCUGGUCCUGUCCUAGCUUCUGUAGGGUUUUACGGAUUUGCUUUUUAUUAAUGUUCUUUUUUCUAUGAAUUUAGUUUAGUUACUCAUUUGGUUUAUGUUAUAUUUUAACUAUCAUUUAUCACAUUACAGUUCUUUCUGAAAUCUAUUGUUUUACUUGGAUU